AUGCGCGUUCUAUGUGUCGCUGAAAAAAACUCAAUAGCUAAAAGCGUAGCAAACAUUUUGGGUGGAGGACAAGUGAAACGGAGAGACACGAAAAGCAAGUACAUAAAAAACUAUGAUUUUACGUUUGACUUUGGAGGGUAUAUUGGUACGGCGCAAGUUACAAUGACUUCCGUUUCAGGACAUCUGACAGAAGCUUCCUUUCCUUCCGAGUAUAACAGUUGGAGUUCUGUACCUCAGGACAUUCUCUUCGAUGCGCGAAUUAUAACCUCAGUUUCCAAAAAUGCUAAUGUUCUUGCUGAUAACAUAAAAAAAGAAGCGAGGAACGCAACGUAUUUGUAUAUUUGGACUGACUGUGAUCGAGAAGGAGAACAUAUAGGAAUGGAAAUUACAAACGUUGCAAGAAUCAGUAAUCCGCAAAUUCGUGUCAUUCGAGCAGACUUUAACAAUUUGGAAAGAAAACACAUCAUUCAGGCCUCAAAGCGACCAAGAGAGCUAUCCAAAGAUGCAGCGGAUGCAGUUUCAGCAAGGAUUGAGCUUGAUUUUCGUCUAGGUGCUAUUUUUACGCGUUUACAAACAUUACAAUUGCAGCGUGCUUUUGAAAUUCUUCAGAGCAAAGUUAUUAGCUAUGGACCAUGUCAAUUUCCUACAUUAGGGUUCGUUGUCGAUAGAUGGCAAAGAGUGGAAGAUUUUGUUCCUGAAAACUUUUGGUCCUUGAAGUUAGUUGACAAACGAGAACGGCAAACCGUAAACUUUACAUGGAAGAGAAAUCGUGUUUAUGAUAGAUUGGCCGCUAUUUUGUUUUUAGAACAUUGCUUGGACGCAAAAGUUGCUAAAGUUGUCAAAGUGAAUCAAAAGCCCACUCGACGAUAUAAACCGCUCCCCCUAUCAACCGUCGAACUCACAAAAAUGGGACCUAAAUUUCUUCGUAUUUCUUCUAAAAAAACUCUUGAGUUGGCCGAGAGCCUUUAUACAAAUGGAUUUGUCUCGUAUCCACGUACGGAAACUGAUCAAUUUGACUCCGGCAUGGACUUACAUGGAAUUAUCGGCAAACUAACGCCUAGCGAAGACUGGGGGACUUUUGCUCAAGGACUUUUAGAUGGAAAUUUUCGGAUUCCUAGAAAGGGAAAACAUAAUGAUCGAGCACAUCCUCCCAUUCAUCCGAUCAGUUUUGUUCAUCGUUCUGCCUUACAGAGCCAAGACCAUUGGAGAGUUUACGAACUCAUCACCAGAAGGUUUUUAGCAUGCUGCUCUGAAAAUGCUAUUGGAGCAGAGACGAUUAUCGAGCUUCAGAUGGGUGAUGAACUCUUUUCUCAAAAAGGCUUAAUUAUUUUAGAGCGGAAUUACCUAGAUGUUUAUCCUUAUGACAAAUGGACUGGAACUGGACAGCUUCCUGCUUACCAGGUCGGAGAGGAAAUAAUGCCUAACAUGCUCAACAUUAUUGAUAGCGUUACAACAUCACCUUCGUAUUUAACCGAACCAGAGCUCAUUGCACUAAUGGAUGUAAACGGAAUCGGUACAGACGCAACUAUGGCUGAUCAUAUCGAAAAAGUUCAAGAACGAGAAUAUGUAGUCAAGCGGAAAAAGCGUGGUGCAGCCACAGAGUUUGUCCCCAGCUCCCUCGGGAUUGCUUUAGCAAAAGGUUAUGAUGAAAUUGGGCUUGAAUGGAGUUUGACCAAACCAUUUUUAAGAAAAGAGAUGGAAGUCCAACUAAAGAAUAUUGAAACCGGACACUUGGAUCGAGAUGCACUGGUACAAAUGACACUUUCUCAGUUCCGGGACGUUUUCCAUUUGACCAAGCAAAGGUUCGAUUGUUUGAAAAACAGUUGCCGAUUAUACCUUAUUGAACUUAACGAAGGCUAA